GAGAUCGAUCUCGGGACGCUGCGCGUCGUCGACGCCGCGCCGCUCGAUGUCACCGCCGCCGACUCGGGCGAGGCGGAGGCGCACGCGCGCGAGCGCGCGCGAGACGUCCUCCAGCGCCUGGUCGCGGAGUUGUUCGCGCUGCCGAGCGAAACGGACGCGCACGGACGGUUCGCGCAGUUGCCCGAACCGACGACGACGUUCCCGAGGCUGCGCGCGUUGCCCCCGAGCGAGGCGCCGCUGACGAAGUGGGAAAAGUUCGCGAAGGAGAAGGGGAUCAAGAAACGGAAGCGAAGCAAGGAGGUGUUCGAUGAGAAGACGGAUGAAUGGAAACGGCGGUAUGGGUAUCAACGCGCGAGGGACGGGAACGAUGUCAUCAUCGCGCCGGGGAAGAUGACGGACGUGCCGGGGAAGACGGAGGACCCGUUUACGCGCGAGGAGCGAGAGAAACGGGAACGGACGUUGAAGAAUCGAGAGAAACAAGAUAAGAAUUUGAUGAACGCGGUGGCGGAGAAGGGUGCGAAGGCGUUACCGCCGACGCUGCGAUUGGCGGUGACUGGUAAGAAGGACUCCGUGGGGAGCGGGAAGCUAGGGAAACGGGAGAUGAAGGACGUGGCGGCGCGCGUCUCGCACUCCACGGCGUCGGUCGGCAAAUUCAACGCCCCAGUGCCGGGAGACGAUAAGGUCAAGGUUCGCGGCAAGCGACGUCAGUUUGCGAGCGUGACGGAUAUGGAUUCUGAGCGUAAGAAGAGCUCGGAAAUCAUCGAUAAGUUGCUCGCGAAGGAGAAGCGCGGCGGCGUCGUCGACGUCAACGCGGCGGCGCGGAAGAUUCAGCAAGAGAAGGAAAAGGCGAACCGCGUGAGCAAGCGCAAGAAGGCU